AAGAAGGAGAGUCUUCCGUUUCCAGGGACAACAACAGGAAGUAGGCGUGUAGGGAGCAACGUGGGGAAGAUUUGGAUCCAAACAGGGAGAAGCCGGGAUGUUUUACUGCAGCAGCAGCGGUUCCGAUCCACUCAACAUGUCUAAAAGCGACUUCCUGAGAGGAAUCAUCACCGAGAAGCUGAGCGCCGCCGCCCGGGAGAUCCUAGCGGCGGUGGAGCGGACCGUAGCCGGGUACGAGCAGGAGGCGWCGGGCUUCAGACGGGAGAUCGACCGCCAGAGGAGGCAGCUGGAGCUGCUGCAGCCGCAGGUCAAGCUGCACAGCGGAGAUGUGGAGGCAGCUGAGAGACACAGACUGACUGGGAACCACUGUGAUGAUGAAGAGGAGGAAGAUCCAGCAGCAAUCUCCAAACUGAUCCAAGAAGACCUGAAGGACCCAGAUUAUGAAACGCCGCCAAGGUCCGGUUUCUCCAGAGUCCAGACCGCCAGAAGGAGGAAAAGAACCGGCCAAAGUCGGGUCAGCGACUCUCAGAACCACCUGAAGAAACCGCAGGUAAAGAUGGAGGCUGGUCAGCAUCUCCCCUCUGAGUCUGCAGCUACCGACCCGGUGGUUCUGAAGAGCGAUGAAACCGGGCUCCAUACGAGCUUUGUUGGCGCCGUCGACGGGUCCAUCAGCUCAGCGGACCAACACCAGGAGCAGGAAGCCGAUCAGAGCAACACGGUCGCCAUGGAAACCCAGGUCUGCUGGAACCAAGUGGUGAAGGUGGAGGUGAAGCAKGAAGAAGGUUCUGUGGCUCAGCUCACGUUGGAUCCUGAUCCRACCGACAACGACCAAUCAGAACCACGAACCAGGUCCGAGUUCUGCGCCCUGCGGUUCUCCGUGACUAACUGUAGGGCAGCUGAAGGAACUGGGACAGCGCUCCAGUGAUCAACUGUUUUAUUUAUUUUUGUCAUUACAAGUUAAUUAUUACAUGUAAAAGUCUGAUAGGAAUAAAGUCAUGAAUUUAAGGUAUCAGUUCAGG